CAACGAUAAUAAUCAGAAUAAAAGUCCUCUGUUAGACUAGUUUUAUGCUAAUCUAUGGCAAGGAAAAGCAAGUCAAAUCUGUCAGAAUUGUAUCUAGAAGAAAACAAAGAUCAGAUAUACGAAAAUGCCCUUGCUGAGAUCCAGUCCUUUGAGCUGCCUCUUGGAACCACCCUAAGGUCUGUAUAUGAUGACCAACCAAAUGCACAUCAGAGGUUUAUGGAAAAACUAGAUGCCUGCAUACGUAACCAUGACAGGGAGAUAGAAAAGAUGUGCAAUUUUCACCAUCAGGGCUUUGUGGAUGCUAUUACAGAACUUCUUAAAGUUAGGGCUGAUGCAGAAAAAUUAAAGGUCCAAGUUACUGAUACCAACCGAAGGCUUCAGGAUGCUGGGAAAGAGGUGAUAGCCCAAACAGAGGAAAUCAUUCGAUGUAGAGUUCAGCAACGGAAUAUUACAACAGUUGUGGAAAAACUACAGUUGUGUCUCCCAGUGCUGGAAAUGUACAGCAAACUAAAAGAACAGAUGAAUGUAAAAAGGUACUAUUCUGCUUUAAAAACAAUGGAACAGCUAGAAAAUCUAUAUCUUCCUAGAGUUAGCCAAUAUCGUUUUUGCCAGAUAAUGAUAGAAAAUCUUCCAAAACUGCGUGAAGAAAUAAAAGAAAUAUCCAUGUCAGAUCUCAAGGAUUUCUUAGAGAGUAUUCGAAAGCAUUCUGACAGAAUUGGGGAAACUGCCAUGAAGCAGGCACAGCAGCAGAAAACCUUUAGUACUACUCUUCAGAAGCAGAAUAACGUAAGCUAUGGUCGGAAUAUGCAUUUAGGUAGAAGCAGAAUUUUGGAAUUCAAGAAUGAAAUUACAUUGAAGCGAACGUUUGAAGAUGAUGACGAACAUGAAGAAGAGGUUUUAACUGCUCAAGAUCUUGUAGACUUUUCUCCAGUCUACAGGUGUUUGCACAUCUACUCAGUUUUGGGUGAUGGAGAAAUAUUUGAAAACUACUACAGAAAACAAAGAAGGAAACAAGCAAGAUUAGUUCUACAGCCACAGUCAAGCAUGCAUGAAACAGUAGAAGGCUAUAGAAGAUACUUCAGUCAAAUUGUAGGUUUCUUUGUAGUAGAAGACCACAUUUUACAUGUAACCCAAGGAUUGGUAACUAGAACAUAUACCGAUGAACUCUGGAACAUGGCCCUUUCCAAGAUCAUUGCUGUUCUUAGAACACAUUCAUCAUAUUGCAGUGAUCCUGACCUUGUUCUGGAACUGAAGAAUCUCAUUGUAGUAUUUGCUGAUACUUUGCAGGGCUAUGGUUUUCCUGUGAACCGACUAUUUGAUCUUUUAUUUGAGAUAAGAGACCAGUACAAUGAAACACUUCUUAAAAAGUGGUCUGGACUGUUCAGGGAUAUUUUUGAAGCUGACAACUACAGCCCUAUUCCUGUAGCAAAUGAAGAGGAAUACAAAAUAGUUAUAAGCAAAUUUCCUUUUCAAGAUCCAGAACUUGAUAAGCAAUCCUUUCCAAAGAAGCUUCCAAUGUCUCAGUCAGUGCCUCAAAUUUAUAUCCAAGUUAAGGAAUUUAUUUAUGCAAGCCUUAAGUUUUCAGAGUCACUUCAUCGCAGCUCAACUGAAAUAGACGAUAUGCUCAGAAAAUCUACAAAUUUGCUGCUUACAAGAACUCUAAGUAGUUGUUUACAGAACCUAAUUAAAAAACCUCAUAUAGGUUUAACCGAGCUUGUUCAAAUAAUCAUAAACACAACGCACUUGGAACAAGCCUGUAAAUACCUAGAAGAUUUUAUAUCUAACAUUACAAAUAUUUCACAAGUGACUGUUCACACUGCAAGACUUUAUGGACUUUCUACAUUUAAGGACGCAAGGCAUGCCGCAGAAGGAGAAAUAUACACAAAACUUAACCAAAAAAUAGAUGAAUUUAUUCAGAUUGCUGAUUAUGAUUGGACAAUGUCUGAAUCUGAUGGAAGAGCCAGUGGAUACUUAAUGGACCUUAUUAACUUUUUAAGAAGCACGUUUCAAGUUUUUACUCAUUUACCUGGAAAAGUGGCCCAGACAGCUUGCAUGUCAGCCUGCCAGCAUCUUUCAACAUCCCUAAUGCAGAUGCUACUGGACAGUGAAUUAAAACAAAUAAGCAUGGGAGCAAUUCAGCAGUUUAAUUUAGAUGUGAUACAAUGCGAACUGUUUGCUAGUUCUGAGCCUGUGCCAGGAUUCCAGGGAGACACCCUGCAGUUAGCUUUCAUCGACCUCAGACAACUCCUGGACCUCUUCAUGGUGUGGGACUGGUCCACCUACCUGGCUGACUACGGGCAGGCCACCUCCAAGUACCUGCGGGUCAGUCCGAGCACGGCCCUCACGCUCCUGGAGAAAAUGAAAGACUCUAGCAAAAAGAACAACAUUUUUGCUCAGUUCAGGAAGAACGAUCGUGACAAGCAGAAGCUAAUAGAGACUGUAGUAAAGCAACUUAGGAGUUUAGUGAACGGUAUGUCCCAGCACACUUAGGCCUGGUAAAUCGACAGUACCUCAUCACGUCAAGAGGUAUUUCUUAGCCACUAUUUCUACUAAGCAAACAGUGAUAUCAGUUAGGACAUCCGUUUGACCGAGUAAAGGAAAAAUGCAGUAGACGGCUUGUACACGGAGUCUUCAGCAAACAAUUCUUUGUACGUAUUUUUAAUGGAUCAAAUACUAUUUUGUAUAUUGUAAACAAAUGGUGAAAAAUGAGACUGUACAAUAAAAACCAGCUCAAUCGUAUUGUACAUGGAACAGCUGAACUGUAAAUACGUUAUUUGAAUAUCUGCAGACAUGGUGUCCAAAAUUUUGCUCUGGGUAGGAAUUAGUUGAGAAAUGAUCCCUUAGUUGCUGUUUUCUGGAUGAAUCCUAAUUUAAUGUUUUUUAAGCAUUGAGAUACUUGCAUUUCAGUUGCCGCCUAUCGUUUUCCUGCAUUAAAUGUAUAUUAGCCUUAAAGUGAUUGGGCAUAAUUUUGUAUAACAGAUUUUGUAGUCUGGAGGUAUGAAAAAAUCUUCUGAUUUUUAGUACCUUUGAAAACUACCUGAGAACUAGACUUGAUAUUUAUUUAGCAGUAGGGCUUAUGGGUUUUGUUCUCCCAAAGGGGUUAAUCUUGAGGUUGUGAAUGUAAAUAACCAUUUGAGUUCUUUAUAAGGUGACGUUUUGGUUUGGUUUUGUCCCUCAGGGUUACUAUUUCUAACUGUACUUUUGUAAGAUCCCGGGUUCUUUUCCCCAGGUUGCAGUAAGGAAUAGGUUUGCCGCUGUUGGUUUCGUGCCGCAUCUGUCUGUCAGUAUGCGCUUUCUACCGCCAGACCCUUCCCAGCGAGUAGCGUUUCGUCCCACCGCCGGUCUCUUUGCACUGUCCCCUCCUGGUUAUUUCAGACACAAAGAGAAUGUCUAACAGAUACAAACCAAAUGGAACAUGUAAAAAUAAUGUACAUUUUCGCUGUAUUUUUAAGUUAUUGACAGUCU